AUGGACAACAUCUGGAAAUCAAAUCUACACGACGAUCUGAAAAGGAAUUUCUUCAGAGCCACAGUUGGAUCUGUCCUCACAUAUGGCUCGAUCUCCUGGACCCUUACCACCAGACUGGAGAACAGACUAGACGGAGCAUAUACCCGUAUGCUUCGCGMUGCGCUAAACAGAUCCUGGCGUGAUCACCCUACCAACAAAGAGCUAUAUGGUAACACCCCACCCCUCAGCCAAUCUAUCAGACGGCACCGACUACGCUUUGCCGGUCACUGCUGGCGCAGCAAGCAAGAACUGGCAGGAGACUUGGUCCUYUGGGCGCCCUCCCAUGGCAGAAGAUCACAAGGCCGCCCAAAAAUGACCUAUCCAGAUCAACUUGCCAACGAUAUCGGCUGCCUGCCUCAAGAACUUCCCGCUCUGAUGAGCAAUAAGGAUGAGUGGAGGAGAACUGUGUCGAGUAUUAGCCGAGCUAGCUCGACACAGUAA